CGAGCAGAAGAAAUGCACGAAAAUUACCAAUUUUCACUUGCCUAAACCCCGAAGAGUGCAGCGAAAUAGCGAUACCGAAGAGAAGGCCAACCAAACCUAGAGAGACACGCCAAUGGCUGUCGUCGCCAACAGAACUGCGAUCAGUCGUGCCCUAGAUUUCUCCAGGUUAUCUUCUACCUUUAUCAGAACCUUCAGCACCUCUUCGCCGUCAACUUCCUCUUCGAACCCCAAUGCCUCCACUGCUUCGACUAAAAACAAACGGAGGAAGAAGAAGAAGAACCUGUUCGAAGUAGUUCAGUUUUUGCCCAAUUGGGGAGUAGGAUACCAUGUCGCCAAAGCUCACUGGGAUGAAAUAUCGUACCAGAUCACCAAAAUCAAUCUGUACAAGAAUGGCACGCACGGCAAGGCAUGGGGCAUUGCUCAUAAAGAUGGCACGCCCAUUGCCGAAGCUCCAAAGAAAAUCAGCGGAGUUCACAAGCGCUGUUGGAAGUAUAUCGCUAGCUUGCCGAGAUCGGGAGAAAGCAACCCAUCAGCUGAAGUUCAAACUUCAUGAUUGCAGAGAAGUUUCAGUUGCUGAUUCUUUUUGGCCAACCUUAUUUCCUGGUGCAAAGAGUUAUAGGUUCUCAAGAGUAGUAGUUCUUAAACAUAGUCAGGUUUUCUUCUGUGCUUUACUUGUUUCUGAGAUAAAGAAAGAUCAAUCAUCCGAACUAAGUAUUAAACUUCUCAUCUAUUCUCAGUUACUGGUGGAUUUUCAUGUUUAAUUGAGGUUGAAGAAUCUUGUAUUGUGUGCUUUGUCCUGCUGUGAGAUGAAUACAACCACUUUUCCUUCUUGAAACA